GUGUUUUCAUCCUGCAUCGCGGAUAUUCAUGCUAAGUUGGAUUGUCGGCUUGCGCAUUAGAUCUCGUGGAGCGGCUGCAUGGAUUCGCAGACGAGCGCAGAUACGGUUGAGGGUGGUGCUGCAGUUGGAGCGUUGAGUUAUGCGUUCAUGAAGACCCUCACCGAUCACAAGAAUCAGACAUAUCAGCAGCUCCUGCAACAUCUACGGCAAAUAUUGAAGAAGAAUUAUAGCCAGAAGCCGCAGCUGUCGUCUUCGCACCGUAUCAAUACGAAUCACAAGUUCAUCAUGUAGCUACUCAUACGCCGCGCCCUCCGCCCUCCGCACGCAAUUGCAUAAUCUACAUAAAGCGCAUGCGCCGGUGCAU